AUGAGGGAGGCCAUUUUACUGAUAGAAGUCUAUGUGUUUGUAGCUGAUGUUUGCGCAGACAAAAAGCCCUGUCAGAAUGGGGGAGAAUGCAGAAGCUCUGGUGACAGCUACACCUGUUCUUGUCUUGAAGGAUUCCAGGGAAAAAAUUGCGAAAAUGAUAUCAACGAAUGUAUAACUUUACAUCCCUGCCAAAAUGGUGGACAGUGCAUAAACACACAAGGCGGCUACGAAUGCAAAUGCAAACCUGGGUUUACAGGAAAAAAUUGUGAAAAAGAUGAGGACGAUUGUUUAAAUGCUGUGUGUCACAAUGGAGGAAAGUGUAUCAACGGAAUCAACAGCUACACGUGUGACUGCAAGGAAGGAUUCAUUGGAGAACAGUGUGAAUGGGAAAAGCAAGGAUGCUUUAAAGAAGUCAAAAAUAAAAACAAGAAGGCUAUGGGUAAAGUUCUUGGAAAAUUCACAAAGUACAAGAAGAAUAUCAAAGGUGCUGUGGAGGCUUGUAUGAAAGCAGCUAAGGGGAAAAAACUGGAGAUCUUUGGGGUUCGUAGCAAAUUCAUCUGUGCGACAACCAAAGGCAAUGCUGAUUACAAGAUGCAUGGUGCAUCACCCAAAGGGUGCAAAGAAGAAGGAGAUUACGGAGUCGGAGUGAAAUUGGCCAAUUACGUCUACGUUUUGAAGAAGAAUUAGAGCCAUAAACUUUACAGCACGGGACCUUAAGUUCACGGCCUGGUUAUCAGCAAGAAGUUGCAACGAAGAUUAGAAAGAGUAGAAAGAAACUGAAAUGUAUCAGCUUAUCCGAAUCGUGGGGUUUUAUCUGGGAUCAAUAAAG